CGACUGAUGCACCUGAUCAUGAUGAUGACUUGUAUAACCCUGAGAGUGAGCAAGAUAAAAGUGAAAAGAAGGGAUCUAAAAGGAAAAAUGGGGGGAUGGAAGUAGCUGAAAUUAAAAAACAAAAACCAUCUGUACAUUCCUCAAGGCAAAUGUUACCCAAACUUCCAAGUUCUAUUGGCAACAACAAAAGAAUUGGGAGCACAAAAGGAAAGCCAGUAUUGGAAUACAAGAGUGAGGGCUAUCGAAGGUCUGACAGAAGUAAACCUCCAGAUGGUGAUAGAAAGAUACGUAUGACAAGCAGCUCCUCCAGUGAUCCCUAUGAGGGACAGCCUGAAAAGGCAUGUAUGAGGAAAAGGGAUGUUGACAGAAGGGCUAAGUCUUCUACACCAGAUGCUUCUGUAAGACUAAGGCAUGAUGUGGAUAGAUGGCCAAACAAGUCGAGCCACUCUUCAAAAGAAGAAAAAAAUUCUGAGGACUAUGGUUCAGACCGUGAAACAGGUAGUAGUGGUUCCUCUGAUCCAGGAAAUACUGAAAAUGAAGAAGAGGAAGAGGAGGAGGAAGGAAUGGAGGAGGAAGAUGAGGAAGAUGAAGAGGAAGAUGAUGGAGAGGAAGAAGAGGAAGUAGAAGAUGGAGAUGAUGAGGAAGAAGAGUAUGAUCGAGAUGAAAGAGAGCAGAAGGAGGGAAAUGAUUAUGAUACGCGAAGUGAAGCUAGUGAUUCUGAUUCUGGAUCUGCAUCCUUUACUGAUGGGUCAGUCAAAACUGGUUCAGGCUCAGAUAUAUCAGGUUCCGAAAAGAAGCAUGAGAAAUUAUCAUCUUCUGUUUGUGCUGUCCAAAAAGACCAAACUAGCAAACUUAAAUAUAUUCUCCGAGAUGCACAAUUUUUUCUUAUAAAAAGUAACAACCAUGAAAAUGUAUCACUUGCCAAAGCUAAGGGUGUUUGGUCAACCCUUCCAGUCAAUGAGAAAAAGCUCAAUGCUGCCUUCAUAUCAGCAAGAAGUGUGAUCUUGAUAUUUUCUGUAAGAGAGAGUGGAAAAUUCCAAGGAUUUGCAAGGCUUGCUUCUGAAUCUCAUCAUGGAGGGUCUCCCAUACAUUGGGUGCUACCUGCAGGAAUGAAUGCAAAAAUGCUGGGAGGCGUAUUUAAGAUAGAUUGGAUAUGCAG